GAUGUAUAAAAGAUACCUCCAUCUCCUCCAUUGAUACGAGCUCAAGAGCUUGGAGUUGCAGCAAUGGAGCCCAAGCCGGAGGCGAUCCCUCUCCUGACGCCGUACAAGAUGGCCGGCUCGUCCUUCUCCCUAGCGCACAGGGUGGUGCUGGCGCCGCUGACACGGCAGCGCUCCUACGGCAACGUGCCGCAGCCGCACGCCGCGGUGUACUACGGCCAGCGCGCCACAGCCGGCGGGAUGCUCAUCACCGAGGCCACGGGGGUCUCCGACACGGCCCAGGGGUACAAGGACACGCCGGGGGUCUGGACCGCGGAGCAGGUGGAGGCGUGGCGGCCCGUCGUGGACGCCGUGCACGCCAAGGGCGCCGUCAUCUUCUGCCAGCUCUGGCACGUCGGGCGCGUGUCGAGCUACGAGUUCCAGCCCGGCGGCGCCGCGCCGGUGUCGAGCACGGAGACUAUGGUCGGGCCGCAGGUCAGGCACGACGGUACCGUCGAGGAGUUCUCGCCGCCGAGGAGGCUGACGGUGGAGGAGAUACCGGGGAUCGUCGAUGACUUUAGGAAGGCCGCCAGGAACGCCGUCCAGGCUGGCUUCGACGGCGUCGAGAUCCAUGGUGGCAACGGGUACCUGAUCGAGCAGUUCCUCAAGGACAGCGCCAACAAUCGCGACGAUGACUACGGCGGCAGCCUCGAGAAUCGUUGCCGCUUCGCUCUUGAGGUGGUGGAUGCUGUCGCCAAGGAGGUCGGCGGCCACCGCGUGGGCAUCCGGUUCUCGCCCUUCAUGGACUACAUGGACUGCCACGACUCCGACCCGCAUGCUCUUGGCCUCCACCUCGCCACGAAGCUCAACGACCAUGGAAUCCUCUACCUUCACAUGAUCGAGCCCAGAAUGGCACUCGUCGAUGGCCGGCGGGUGGUGCCGAAGCGGCUGCUGCCUUACAGGGAAGCCUUCAAGGGCACCUUCAUUGCCAACGGCGGGUACGACCGAGAGGAGGGGGACAAGGCUAUCGCCUCAGGGUACGCCGAUCUCGUCUCCUUCGGACGGCUUUUCCUAGCGAACCCCGACUUGCCGAGAAGACUAGAGCUCAAUGCGCCUCUCAACAAGUAUAACCGGAUGACCUUCUACAUUUCUGAUCCCGUUGUCGGCUACACCGAUUACCCGUUUCUUUCUUGAUGUGGCAUGGAACCACGACUAUCCACAUUGGUGCUCCAUUGACUACCAUUUUCUACCAUAUGGAAUCAGAAUAAAAAUGAUCUUCAUCUGCUUCUAAAA